GCUGGCCUCGCGUCCCUGGCGUCUCGGAGGACUGGUGUUUUGGGAGGGUUGAACGCUGAAAACAUUCAUGGAGGAGCUCGGUGAUGUCAUCUGAAAACUCACUCCCCCAAGUCAAACGCGCCGAUUUGUUCUGUUCUUUUUUUUAUUUUCGCCCUAGAGUUUCUCCAAUGCGUCGCGGACCACAGCACAAAAGGUAGUCAAAUAACGAGGUAGUCAAAUAACUAAAGUUAAACUGUAGAUCCGCUUUGCUGUCUAAACGACGUGGGACUAAGGGGGUUUGGCGACUGGACAUAGAACCAAACAGCCCCUUUUCUGUGGGCGAGCGCGUCAACUUUUAUUCGAACCCCAAAAAUGAAUCGGAGUUUAAAUAAAUCCCAAUCUUCCCUGCAAUACUUGGACUGCAUCGCGGUUGAAGUGAAAAGCAAGUAUGGAGCAGAGUUCCGGCGGUUCUCCGUGGACCGUGUCAAACCGGGGAAGUUCGAGGACUUCUAUAAGCUCAUCAUGCACGUUCACCGCAUCUCCAACAUGGAGGUCAUGAUUGGCUACGCUGACAUCCACGGAGACCUGCUGCCAAUCAACAACGACGACAACUUCUGUAAGGCGGUGUCUACGGCCCACCCACUGCUCCGAGUCUUCAUACAGAGACAAGAGGAGGUCGACUACAGCAGCUACGGGACCCACUCUCUGACCCGGAAGAAGAAGGCUGUGGUGGCGCUGAGGAACGACGUCAACAGGAAGCGACCUCACAUCCGCAUCGGAAUGCCGCAGGACUUCCGGCCAGUCUCCUCCAUCAUCGAUGUGGACAUCUUGCCGGAGUCCCACCGCCGCGUUCGUCUCUACCGUCACGGCUCCGACAAACCCCUGGGGUUCUACAUCCGGGAUGGGACCAGCGUACGGGUGACACCCCAUGGCCUGGAGAAGGUUCCUGGGAUCUUCAUCUCCCGCAUGGUGCCUGGCGGCCUGGCUGAGAGCACAGGCCUGCUGGCUGUUAACGACGAGGUCCUGGAGGUCAACGGCAUCGAGGUUACUGGGAAGACACUGGACCAGGUGACUGACAUGAUGAUUGCCAACAGCCACAACCUGAUUGUCACAGUGAAGCCAGUGAACCAGCGGAACAACGUGGUGCGAGCCAGCCGGAUCUCCGGCAGCUCCGGUCAGUCGUCAGACAGCAGCGGUUCCACCGGCUACCCCAGCCUGUCCACCACAGCCAUGGUGACCGGUGCCCACGGCUAUGCCGACGAGCUGGAGAGCGACGAGGAGUCAGACAUCGUCAUCGAGAGCAGCCUCAAGCGGCCGUCGCGGCGCUCCAACACAUCAGUGGUGUCUGUGGCAUCAACGUCACGCUCCCACACCCAAGCCUCUCCCCCAGCACCCGUGGAACACCCCAGCCCCCCUACCCGACCUCUCUCUGUGGUUUCCACCGCCUCCUUCCACUCCCAACCCUCCUUCCACUCCCAGCCCAGCCUCAACGGCCUCUCCCACCACGGCAGCCUCAGCUAUAUGCUGCACAGGGACCUGAACCUCCAGCACCCACAGUACCAGCCCCACACCCUCCAGCACCACCAUUCCCAGCACCACAGCAGCAACCCAGCCCUCCGGGAGAGCAACGGCAGCCUCCAUAAAAUCCUCAGCACCAUGAGGACGGACCCUCGACACAGCCUGGCCCUGCCCCGGGGAGGGGUGGAAGAGGAUGGCACUGUCAUCACCCUAUAAUACACACGCCUACACUUUUAUAACACACACACACACACACUUGGAUGUGAGCUGGAGCAUCCCAUGCCCGGUAUAUCCACCAUGAGAAUGAACAUUGUUCCUCAAACCUCCUACUAAUUUCUUUACAUUUUUUCUAAGACAAAUAAUCCAGGAAACAAGAAGUUUAUUCUGUAUUGUUUGUUUGAAAGUUUUCUAUGUCUUCUAAAUGUCUUGAUGGGAUUCACCUGCUAUCCUUUAGUGACCACUUUUAAUCUGAAUUGCCAUCUUCUUUUUGGGACCAACCCUGAGCUUUUGUUUUUAAGAACAAUUAUGUGUCUGUAAAAUGCUGCCUGUCUGUACUGAUUCUCGAUCUCUGUAUUUUAACUGGAAGAUUCUCAUCAAUCAUCUGUAUCUAUUCCAAUAAAUUAUUCUAAGCUUUAAUGAGAAGUAUUGGAUUAUCACAUGUACUAAAACUCUUACUUCCCUUACCAGCAGUCAUUUAUACCUGGUACGUUUUGAACCGCUAUCAAGGAAUACUUCCUACACUGAAUAUGGGCCUAGUCUAUAUCCUGUUUCCUCUUCUCCACCAGUUCUGUUUGUGAAGCUCCUAAAAUGGACUCCAGGAAUGCAACAUGCUCUUUGGAAAAAAAAUACUCUUAUCUUUACUGUUUACUCAAGACACCUCUGCUCAGCUGUGAACCCUGUUAGUUACAGCAGGCAGGGGGAUGUGAACCCUGUUACACCAGGCAGGGGGAUGUGAACCCUGUUACACCAGGCAGGGGGAUGUGAACCCUGUUACACCAGGCAGGGGGAUGUGAACCCUGUUACACCAGGCAGGGGGAUGUGAACCCUGUUACACCAGGGAGGGGGAUGUGAACCCUGUUACACCAGGCAGGAAUGCUGGAGUGUGAAGGUGAUAACACCUGAAUUUGCGUCUGCUUAACCUCACUCAUUCACUUUCCUACACUAUUGGGCACACGCAUUGAGAUCCAUGUUCGGAUCCAGUUAUACUUUCAUUUACAAGCACAAUCCAUCCAUCCAUCCAUCCAUGAUAUGGUAGACUUUGAAGUAUAUGGAUUAUGUGGGACACUAAGCCAUCCAUCUGUGGUUAGAUUUUUGUAUGGGAUUCUUCUCACCAUUAUUCACAUUGUAGUUCAAAGCUUUUAAGCUGUCAAGGUUUGCACUUUUUUUUUUGUUAAACAGUCUUGUUUCAACUCUUUAAAUCGCCAUGUUAGUACUCCCAGGAUUAAUAUAGGAUUAUCACCCCAUUUUGGUUCACAAACAUGUACUUUUUUUUGUUGCUCUUUCCUUUUCCUCUCACCAAAGGCUGCUCCGGUUACCUUGACAAUGUGGUCUUCUGACCAUAUUGAGGUUAUUCCCUGCAUUUCUUCACUAUGGACAGUCAGUUUAACCCUGUUGAGUAGUGCUAUAAUGUAUUGGUCACUGCCCCCUCCUGGUAGUACCAUCGACUCAGUGUGGGCCCACAUAUUCACACCUAAGAAAUAUUACAGGUUUUAUAUUUAUUACAGAAACGUCUAGAUUUUUUCUGGAAUAAUGUCUAUUUUUUACUAUCUUUUUAAUGUACAUAAGGAUUUUAUAAUAGAUUUUUACAAGAAAGACGAUGACCUAUGAACAAGUGAUUCCAUUAGGUAUAAUGGUACGAGGAUAAUUAUGAUUGGGAAUAUUUCUGCAUGUCAUGUAAACUGGACUGUUUUUAUUCUAUGUUAUGAUGAUGUACAGAUAUUUCAAUACAUUCUCCACACAUACAUUGGAGAAAAGGUUUGUAAAACACUUGGUGCCUUUUUUAAUUCAUUUUAGCCCAGAUAUGUACUGAGCACUCAAAUGUAAACAAUAGUUGAAUGGAUAUUAGGGCUUGAUCUGUAAUUGCUCAAUCAUUAUUUAGUAGACCUAGUUGCUCUUUCAACGUAGCAAACUGUAAGUAUCACUUCAACUAAUUCCCACAAUUGAAAUUCAAACCCUUUAUGCAAUUAAUUUGAAUUGUAUUGUGAAUAUUGUGCUCAUUUUAUUUUCUUACUGUUUUGUCAUUUUUUGGGGAGAGAAUUUUUGGAAAUAAAGGUUUCAAAUGCA